ACCAAUUCUCUGCAUUCCAAGUAUCAUACUUUGUCUCUUCUUUACAUCUUCCCCAAUGGAUUAUAGUUACUUGCCUACUGCUGCUAACACUAGCUCUUCCUCUUCUAUGACUCGAGCAGGCACAACGGAGAAGAAGAAGGCCGGAAAAAGAAGCAGCGGCGCCAAAGGGACUAUAAAGCUGUCCACUGAUCCACAAAGUGUGGCUGCUAGGGAAAGGAGGCACAGAAUCAGCGACCGAUUUAAGAUCCUGCAAAGCAUGGUUCCUGGGGGGACGAAGAUGGACACGGUGUCCAUGCUGGACGAGGCAAUUCACUACGUGAAGUUUCUCAAGACCCAGAUAUGGCUUCAUCAGACCAUGAUGAACUUUGUCGACGAUGAUCCGGCCGCAGCUCUGUACUGUCCUAGUUCUCUUCCUUGUGAUGAUCUACAGAACUUUUACUCAACUGACAACUUGGUUACUGUAGCACAGCCGCCGCCGGCUCCGCUGCCGCCUUUGCCGGAUUAUGGGUUCCAAGGGGAGCAAAACUACAUGCGCUACGAUACUUACACGAACAAUUAACUUGCUCCUCCUACUCGGAUAAUAUAUAAAAACUACAAAAAAAAAAAAAAAAAGGCUCCUCAUUGGGAGGAGAUAUGUAAUGUUGUUUAGAAUAUUUAGCAAAUUUAAGGAAUGUAAGUCUUGUCUUGCGUAUCUUCAAUCAAGUUAGGUGUAAUUAACAUAAUGUUUUAUU